AGUCACAGGAGAAGAUAAACAAGCUCAAUUGCCAUGGCGACAACUAAACAGAAAUCUAUUCUCUUCCUUUCUGCAUGUCGAUGAUCCACCAAUAAUCUGCUUUACCGUUGUACCAGAGUUAUGUCCCACUAAAGACUGGGUCGUUGGUUCCUGCGGGUUUAGAUAGUUCACAAGUGCGGGUAUAUGGGUCUCGCUGAGCCACGGGGCGGAGAGAUCCCGCAGACCAGCUAUGAGAUCGGCCUCAGGUACUCGCGACCUCCACCCUUCAAGGUGGAGGUGGUCGGCAAGGACGGACCCCUUCCCCCAAUUCUUCAGCGGGUCGCCCGUUCAGCUCCCGCGGCCCCGGGCACCACGUCGGGGACAGCGCACGCCGGGCGGCCCCAGGCCGGCUGGCAGGUCCAGACCCGUUACCCCAAGGCUCCCCCACACUGGACCUCCCACCGCAUCGCCCCCCUGGCCCAGCGGCUGAAGGAGUGCCCCUCCCUGCGCGUUCUGUCCGCUCCGCUCAGCGAGGCCCGGGAUCGAUACCGGGGGCUACAGGCACCGCACCCCCCAGUCCCACAGCACUAUGACACCCUGAGGAGCCUGUAUGAGCAGCUUGACUCGGCGCGGUGGUUGGUGGAGCCUCCUGUUAGCACGGCUCAUGCUAGCUUCCGGCGCUUCCAGCGCUCCGAACUCAGCGCUCCCUCCCGAUUGGACGUCCCACCUGCCUAUUCGCCCCACCCCGCCCGUGUCCGCGUGGCCCCCUCCCCCCCCCGCCGCGGCGCCCCUCACUUAGAGCCCUCGCCAUCCAUGCGCCCCCUCGCUGACCUCCUAUUGGCCGACAGCAGCGGCAGCGAAUACCGGAGCAGCUUCUCCCAGGCACAUCCCCGCGUCGACACCACCGUGUUGACCCCGGCCUCCUCCAAUCAGGAGGGCUCUGGAACCCAGGGGGCGGGACCUCCACAUCCGUCCGACGUCCGGUUGGCUGUCUUCGCCGUGCCCCAGAUGUACGCUACCGAGAGUGACGGCUAUGGCAGUGGGAGGCCGAGGGUAGUUUGAGGCUCAUGUAGCUGAUAAACGGGCUGUGUUUCAGCCGAACAUGAGUAGGCGUAGUUUGAUCUGGUCGUAUUUCAUCACGAGUAAAUGGUCCAGUAAAGACAACAUAAACCAACCUAAGAAUACCCUAUUGUUUCUUGAAUGAAAGUUUCCUCUUUCUCUAUUCAAGCAUCUUUAGGAAGUACUUACAGGUCUUAAGUAUGAUGUUGUUAAAACCAUGCAAAAAAAGUGACACCUAGAGGUAAAACGAUAUAUUACAAUAAAUGCAAUUGAAUGAAUUGAUGAAUUACCCUCAGUCUCAGUCUUUAUGGGGUCAGAGAAUUCAGUUCAAGGUGUGACUGUAAACUCAUGCAUUCUGCGGUCAAGAGAAAAGCAAAGAAGCGAGACAAGAUAGACACGGAUAGAAAAUUUUGGCAUAAGCUUUUAAUGUUUUUAUUAAGUUUUUAAUAUUUUCUUUUUAAAUUAGAUUUGCUUUUUCCCCGGUAGUUUUAUGUUUUUAUUCAUUAUUCUUCAGUGAUAUUUUUUUAUUCAUCCUAUCAGUAAAUGAGAGGAGUUGCUCAGGUAAAUCAGCAUUCACAGUCAAACCUUCAUACUUUUUAAAUAAUACAACUGUUUAUAAGUCUUUUUUCUUGGAUGCUGUUGAAUUGGUACAUUGUGUUAACCUCUUUUGUUCUUUACAUGUUUCAAAAAUAUAAAAGGUAAAUAAUAAACAUUCCUUUGAAAUAUA